AUGGUUGAGACCAUCAAGGCAACACUUGAAACUUUAGCCAAAGACAAAUCAUUUCAGCAUCUUCAAAAGGUCAUCACUCAAAACAAGGAGCUGACUCAGGACAAUGAGCGUCUGCAGAGCCUCAACCAAGGCAACUUGGGCAACAUAGCAGAUCUUACAGUCCAGGUUCGAACUACCGAGAAAGCUGCGGAGAAGAGUCGUGCCGAGCUUCAGUCAUGCCACAAGAAGAUUACUUCGCUCUCUGAUAGUCAAGAGAAGGUUGCGAGUCAAGUAACCAAUCUUGUCAAGAAGCUCAAAGAGAGCGAUGGACUCAUGUCAGACUUGCAGAGAAAGGCAAAUCAAAAGCAGGACCGCAUCACAAACUUAGAAGACGAGUUGGCCCUGGAGAAGAAAAGGCUGGAAAGUGCUACAUCUGCUCAAAAGCAACUACAGACUCAUCUAGAUACUGCAAAACAGCGUUUGCUCGAAGCAAGGGCCUCUCUUGAGGGCUAUACAUCACUAACACGAGAAGUGGUCAAUCUUGAAAGAGAUGUCAUUAUCAGGACUUUGGAAACCAUCAUGUCGUCGAUUUGCACACUUCUCAUCACUUUUGUGCAUACGGAGCUAUCAACAGACGCCUUGUCUCGUGUUUGCAAAUUGGCCAACAAAUUCACCAACAAAUUCCCAAACAUUCCAAUGCUCAAUUCAAACUCCCCAGAUGCAAGACAUAUGCGCCUGGCCGCAGCCAUGUUUCUUGCUGCCCGAGCACUUGAGGAGCACAUCUUCCAGGCUACUUAUCUCUUGGAGGGUAAUAUUUUGUGUCAGCUACUUUCGGAUAUGGCAGAGACGGAUCCUGUACGCGAAGCACAUGUCCGAGCUGUGUUAUUGCCAGUUGAUCCGCCAGACGACUUGAUACAAAUACGCAUUCAACAAUGUGUACGACAAAUUGAAUCCACCGUUGGUCUCAUGGUGGCCGAAAGCCGCAAGGAAGAAUUCUCCUCUGCACUUGGCCAAGCAUGCGAGCAGAUUUGCCAGUACUGGAUGGGACUUCAAAGGGUGGAAGGAAGUCUUGAAGUCAAUUUCAAUCUACACGACUCGUUGGAUGAAGAUAAUUACAUGCUACUGUCUCAUUUCAUCCCGGAUGACCUCGAGAAGGUACAGCGUCCAGGUGAUCCCAGCACAAGAUCAAGCAAUGGGCAGAAUGCUGCAAAGAAGGGGCCUCAGUCUGUUAGUUAUGAGCAGGCUGGGCCAGUCGUAUGGCCUGCAUUCAUCUGGAAGUCUCCAGAUCGUAGGAGGGCCGUUUCUUUGCAGAAUUGCAUUGUCCUCAGUAUUGGUCAAGUCGAUAGUGCAAGAGAGCGAUCUCACCGGGAAUGGCGGCAGGCCAGGAGGGAAAGCACAAGCUCAACCAAACCCGAUGAUAGCAAAGCAGGCAAGGAUUUUUUAUCAGGAAGCUCAGCAAAAAGGUCAAAUCCUGGUUGA